AUGAGGGGCACCGUGCUGGCACUGGCCUUGCUCUCUCUCCUGAUUGCAGCAUGUGAAGGGAAAGGUGAAGGAAACACCGUGAAGCUCUGUGGCAGAGACUUUGUCAGAGCCAUCGUCUUCACCUGCGGCGGCUCUCGGUGGAAAAGGCAUUUGACUGAUUAUCACUACCUGUUUGAGAGUGAAAAUCCCCUGCCUUUCUCAGAAGAGAACAACGGUUAUGGCAACUCCUGGACAUACACAGACCAGAGGCUGGAGGCUGACAGUGAAGAAAUCCGUAACGUCAAGCCCGAGACAGAGCGAGACUUGCAACGCGCCAGGAAAAUGUCUGUGCUAAAAAAGCGCGAAGCAGCCAAGUUGCUUACCACAUCCUGCUGCACCAUCGGCUGCAGUGAGAGAGAUAUCAGUUCCCUGUGCUAAAACG